AUGCCAGCACCCGUGGCAGGCGUCAAUGGAAACUGGCUUUGCCAGGCGUGCAACAACGUGAACUUUGCGUCGCGUGAGUCAUGUAACCGCUGUGGCGCGCCACGUGCCGACCGUGCCGCCCCUCAAUACCCAGCUGGAGCUGGGAAAGGAGGGUCAGGGAAAAAGGGUCCCCCCGUGGUUGGGGUGGACGGCAACUGGCAAUGCCCUGCAUGUAACAACGUGAACUUCGGCUCCCGUGAUGUUUGCAACAGGUGCGGCUUCCCGAAGGCUGAGAUGUUCCUAGGUCUAGGGACCACUGCGGCUCCAAAGUCAGCAGCAAGGCCCGCUGCCCCGGUGCCCGCACUGGGUCAGAGCGACUGGGCUCAGCCCAGGAAGGGAGCUCCCAUCCCAGGGGUGGAUGGCAAUUGGAAGUGCAUCAACUGCGGCAACGUCAAUUUUGGCUUCCGAGACACAUGCAACCGCUGCGGCACAGCCAGGAUGGAGCAGGCUCCGACGGAGAACUGGGCGAGCCGGAAGCGGUCCUGGGAUUAUGCUGAAGGGAAGGGGCAGGCGUCCAAAGGACACCAUCCCAACAAUUGGGAACCCAUGGGCUACCACCCGGGAGACUGGGAGGCCGUGCCAGCAGGCAAAGGAUACCAUCCGGGUGAUUGGGAUGCACCAGCGGGCAAAGGAUAUCAUCCGGGCGAUUGGGAGGCCGUGCCAGCCAAGGGGGGCCAGAAGGGUGAUUGGGGUGCGCCAGCAGGCAAAGGAUAUCAUCCGGGUGAUUGGGAGGCCCCAGCGGGCAAAGGAUAUCAUCCGGGCGAUUGGGAUGCCCCUCCAGGCAAAGGAUACCAUCCGGGUGAUUGGGAGGCCGUGCCCGCCAAGGGGGGCCAGAAGGGUGGCCCCCCGGUCGUCGGAGUGGAUGGCAAUUGGCGCUGCCCUGCUUGCAACAAUGUGAACUUUGGCCAUCGGACGGCCUGCAAUCGUUGUGGUGCUGCGAAGCCCGAUCAAGGUCCCAGCCCAGGCAAGGGAGGAAAAAGCCAGAAGGGCAAGGCGCCGGUGGCAGGUGAGAACGGGAAUUGGAAGUGCCCUCACUGCGGCAAUGUCAAUUUUGCCACCCGGGACAACUGCAAUCGCUGCGGCAUGCCCAAACCCAAGAUCGAGGAAUCUGAUGAUAUGGAUGCCGUCAGUGGCUUGCACGCAGAUAAAUGCCUCGAAGAACCCUUCGAUGCGGCAGAGAGCGAAGCAGGCUGGGUCCGCGAUGCGUUCCUGCUGUCCGCUUUGGGGCCCCAAGGCAGCGUCAUCGAGCGGGCGCUUUGGGGAAACUGGGUGCUGGUCACGUUGGCCUGGUACGCCUGCGCGGUCUUUACCGCUGCAGCCAUGAAGCGUUCGGCCCAUCGAGACAUGCUGUCCGUCUUCGCAAACUUGGUGAUAGGUUGGCCACUCGUGACGCCUUUUGCAUUGUGCUGCGGAGAGUCUCCAGGCAGACGGUUAGGCGAGCACUGGCGGAGGGUCCUGAUCAUCGCCAUCUUGGCUGGGCUGGAAAAGAAUUUGACGAACUCUUCACUCUCGCACAUCGGCGGUGCCCUCAAGACUGCACUGCACGGCCUGAACGUCGUGUUCACCCUCGUGGUAUCUGCUUUUGCAGGAGCAGACGACCGAGCGAAGUUCUGCAUCCUCGGCUGCCAGUGGCGUGGAAACGUUAUGCUUUCCCUUAGCAUAUGCCUGGUGACUUUGUCAGUGCGCGAAAUCAAAGUGCGCGGCGAGCUCCGCUGGGAGAACAAGCAGGACACGUGGUAUCCUAAGGGAUUCACGGGCCGCUGGCUUUGUGUGGCGGCUGGUGGAGACUGUUUGAUCGACUAUGCGAAUGGCGCCUGCGAUGCCGAAAGGGAGCUGCCUUUGAGCAGUCUUUGCUCCCUGGCGAUGGCCAUGCAACAGUUCAUUGAGACGACCGGUCAGGAAACCAUGGGCGUGCAGACCCACUCUGUGUCUUUCAGCACUUUCUUGCUUUGUGCAUGCACGGGCCCGACCUUCUCAGUGGUGGCCGUGGUGGCCCUGCCCGAGGAAGUCCCGGCCGAGCUUUCCACGGCAGAGCUGCGCUUCAAAGCGACGGAGAUCCAUGCGGCGCUCCGCUCCAAGGCCGAGCUCAAAGAGCAACUGGAACGACUGGCCGGGGCCACGGCACAGGAGCGCGAAGAGAAGGCCGGGAACUACACGCUCUCCUCUUGCUUGGAUGCGGGCAAGGAAGUGGACACGUCGCUCCCACCAGAAGCUGCAAGUGCGGCCCGGGAGAUCUUCGCGAGGGCCCUGGGCCAGCGCGCCGCGGAGCCGCUUGCGGCCUUCCUCGCAGAGCUGCCUGAGAACGAAAGGCAGGAAGUCAAGAAGCUUUGCCUCUUUGACGCCCGCCUGGAGAUCCUCUGCAUCCUUGGAGAUGAGGGGCCCAAGCCCGACGAGGUGAAAGAAGAGAAGCAAGCAACAGAAGAAGCAGCUCUCCUUUUGAAGGCCGGAGAGGCAGUCUCAGAGAGCCAGGAGAGGGUGACCUCUGUCUGGGCUUGGGCUUCGGAAAGUGCCGAGAUUGCCGUGCUUUGCCCCCAAGCCUGGCCACUCUUCUUGGGGGCCUUGUUGACAAAACGCCUCCCUGGCCCUUCCAGCGAUGCCACAGGGCUGGUCACUCGCAUCUCCGCUGAGCACCUCAAGCACGUGCCCGGCCUCCAGGGUCGUCUGGAAGCAAUGGCAACACGAUUCCAGGAUCCUCUUGGCUUCAACCCGCCGGCCAAGCCGGUGAGUUGA